CUAAACAAAAUGGCGGCCUUUGUGACGGACGUAGAUGACUUUGAACCACUGGAGCCAUCUAUAAAUAAUAUCCUUGAGCAAACUAGUUUGAAAUGGAUUUUCGUUGGCGGUAAAGGUGGAGUGGGAAAGACUACGUGUAGUUGUAGCAUUGCGUUAUCAUUGGCCAAAGUACGAGAGAAUGUAUUGAUGAUAUCAACUGAUCCUGCUCACAACAUUUCUGAUGCAUUUAAUCAGAAAUUUGGUAAAAGUCCAACUGCAGUCAAAAAAUGCCCAAAUUUGUAUGCAAUGGAAAUUGAUCCGAGUCUUGGUUUCUCACAGUUACCAGAGGACUUCAUUGAUGAACCAGAUGCCUUAAGUAUUGGGAAACGUCUUUUUCAAGAUGUACUUGGCGCAUUUCCUGGUAUCGACGAGGCAAUGAGUUUUGCUGAAGUAAUGAGAUUAGUGACAAACAUGGACUUUUCGGUUGUGGUUUUUGAUACUGCUCCUACCGGACAUACAUUAAGAUUGUUAUCCUUUCCAUCGUUGAUUCAAAACUCACUGGGGAAGUUACUUCAAAUAAAGAAUCAGUUUGCUCCAAUUGUAAGCCAGUUUGGAGGUUUGUUGGGAAUGGAUGACGCUGAUCCCACAACAAUAACAAACAAACUGGAAGAAACCUUGCCAAUCAUCAAUCGAGUCAGCGAGAAGUUAAAAGAUGCGGAUCAUACGACGUUUGUCUGUGUAUGCAUAUCGGAGUUCUUGUCAGUUUAUGAGACAGAAAGAUUGGUUCAGGAAUUAUCGAAAUCACAUAUCGACACGCACAAUAUCAUUGUCAAUCAACUCGUUUAUCCAGAUACCAGAAAGAAAGAAACAUGUCAUCUUUGUGAGGCACGAAUGAAAAUUCAAAAUAAAUACUUGGAACAGAUUGACGAUCUCUACGAAGAUUUUCACGUGACGAAACUACCAUUGCUACCAUACGAAGUCCGAGGCUGUGAUAAAAUAAAUGAAUUUUCUCGGCAUCUUCGCGUGCCUUAUGAUCCUACCUGUGAUCCAAAAUGACUACGGUGGUGUACAAGAAGAUUUUUGGUGCAACUGUCGAAUGGUAAUUGGGAUGUCUGGGGAUUGAGAAUGAAAUGACAAAUUAACGCCUUGUUUAUGCUAGAACUAAGGAUUUUAUAAAUAGUACAUCAAUGAAGACCAACUAGAAAUAUCCCUGGUUUUCAUCUCAAUUUUCCUUUUUCUCAGUUUGCCAAACUAAAAUGUAAUUCGUAUGACUUUUGCCGGAAAACCUUCCCCAUAAGGAACAGGUAAAAUGUUUUGUGAAACUUUAGAUCAUAGAAUGUUUGACUUCUGAAAACAGCGGGCUCUUACGACU